UUAGGAAAGCAGCGUUAGCGUUGCUGAUGAUGUUCAGCCUAGCGUUUGGACAUGAAUUCGUCAUUACGAGGGAAAGACGCGGUGUUUCUGAAGAAAAGAGAGAUGGUGAGCACAGUGACCUUCCUCAUCCUGAGGUGUACAUGCUCCACGUCGAGUCUAGCAUCAAGUACAGGUACGCUCACACCAGGGUGACCUCAAGGAUAGCCAACCCGGCCAACGCAUCCCAGGAGGUUGUCUUUAUGAUGCUCCUACCAGAGACUGCUUUCAUCACGUCUUUUGUUAUGGAGGUGGAAGGAAAGCAGUACCGAGCAUAUGUUCGAGAAAAAGAAAUAGCUAAGAAGGAAUAUGAAGAAGCAGUCUCUUCUGGAAUAGCUGCUGCUCACGUGCAUGCAAGUGCUAGAAAUUCAAAUAGAUUCCUAAUUUCUGUAAAUGUUGAGAAAAGCUCAAAAGCAUUAUUUGUUUUAACUUACGAAGAACUGCUCACCAGAACAUUAGGCUUGUACAACCAUAUCAUCAACCUUAACCCAGGCCAGGUUGUACGAGACCUUCAAGUAGAUGUUUUUAUUGCUGAACCAACAGAUAUAAUAGAACUUCAUGUCCCGAAAAUCAGAUCAUCAAAUGAAGUCACUAAUGAACCUGAAGAAGAGAAUAGACUUGUUGAAAUAAGAAGACCCACUCCACAGAAAGCUCACAUUAGAUAUAAGCCUAGUCAAGAAGAACAGGCAAAGAAUCCAAGUGGUCAAUUAAUAAUUAAGUAUGAUGUACAGAGAACAUCUGAUCAAGGCGGGCAGAUAUUAGUAAAUGAUGGUUAUUUUGUUCACUUCUUUGCACCUGAGGGUUUACCACCAUUAAGAAAGCUAGCAGUUUUUGUGUUAGACUUAUCUGGCUCGAUGGAGGGACGUAAAGUUGAGCAACUAAAGACAGCAAUGGGAACUAUUCUUGACGAUCUUGGACCGAGAGAUCACUUCAACAUUAUCGAUUUCUCUUAUUCAGUAACGGUGCAUAAUUUGGAUUCUGCAACAGGAAGUGUGGUUCUUCCUCCGGAUACAGCAAUAGGAAAACGGACAGAAAUCCCACCACCUUAUCCAACCAGCCAGGAAUAUAUUGGAAAAGCCAAACAGGUCAUAAGCAAGAUGUCAUCAGGCGGCGGUACAAAUAUUUAUGAUGCCUUGAAGAAUGCGAUCAUUGUGGCUCAAUCUGGAGUGGAGAAAAUAAGAAAAGAGGAAACUGAUACUGAGGACACUCUGGAGCCCAUAAUAAUAUUUCUUACUGAUGGUGACCCAACAGUCGGGAUUACAAAACACAGUAAAAUAUUAACAAUGGUCAAGGAAUAUAACAACCCUAGGUGUUCAAUCUUUUCACUCGGUUUUGGAGCUGGCGCUGACAUGAGGUUUCUGAGAAAACUUUCACUCGGCAAUGCUGGAUUUGCAAGAAGUAUCUAUGAAGCUUCAGAUGCUGCUCUUCAACUGAGUAAUUUUUACAAAGAAGUUGCAUCUCCGCUGUUAUCCAACGUAACUUUCAGUUAUCUGCCAGGACAGGUACUACCAGGUUCAAUAACAAAAGAUAGGUUUCCUUCUUUGUUCCUUGGUUCAGAGCUUGUUGUAGCUGGAAAACUGACAGGAACCAAUGAUGUUCAGACAAAAGUUGAGGGAACAACAGUUAAUGGAACAACCUUGUUCCAAGGGCAGGCAAUGAGAGGUAUUCCGGAUGACAUUUCAACUAUAGAAUACACAGAGACCAACAAAACAACUGGCGAACUUGAAGAAGAACUUAAAGGUGAUGGUAAAAAGAAGAAGAAAAAACUCCUAAUGACAAGUUUAGAAAGAGUGUGGGCUUAUUUGAGCAUUCAGCAGUAUGUAGACAAACUGGAAGCUGUCGAAGGAAAUCCAGAUGCAGAAAAAGAAAUUCAGAAACAGGCAGUAAACUUAGCAUUAAAGUACAAAUUUGUGACUCCAUUUACAUCACUAGUUGUAGUAAAACCAAAUAAGACUGAAGAAUUGAGUAACAAUAAGAUGAAACAUGGUGAGACGGGAUAUAAAAAUAAAAUAGCAUACCUACAAGGAAGUAUACAUGGAUUCGCAGGAGCUUAUGGUCCUUCCCGAGUAGAUGUAAUGGCCACACAACCAAUGGUACCUAAUUAUUCAACAACAACGAUCGACAGGAUAGAUGCAGAGGAGACCAGUGAAGAAGAAGCAUAUCACAGCUCUACUGAAGAAGAUUAUGCAACAUAUUCUCCAAGUAGACUGUAUUUAGAAGAUAUUAUAUGGUUAAAGGAUGUUUACUCUUGGGAAAAUUCAACUAUAUCCAUUGAAAAAAAUAAUAAAUCUGAAAUAUACCAUUUCUUAAAUACAACAACUGGAAAAGAAGAACCAGGUGGCAAAUGCAUGUUAAAUGAUGGAAUCGAAGGUCUGUGCAGACACGUUACGGACUGUAUAUUACCACAGUUUGCUUCCUCGCUUCAGGAAUACACUUCUAACUACUUCUGUAUCAUAGAAAAAAGUUAUGCUGGAGCUUGUUGUCCAGAGUUAACAGAUUCAUCACUUAGUUUAUAUUCUACAACAGAAAUUUUCGAACCUGAUUAUGCAACAACACCUUUACUCAUACCUGCAGCUACCUGAAGAUCUCGUUUGGGAGCGAAACUGUGAAGAACUGUCACAGAUUCCUAUUUAACUAUUUUAUGUAAAAUGUUGUAUAUAUAUGUAUUUCUGAACAUACGUGAGGUUAGUCUGAUAGAUAUUGUAAUUUAUACUGUAAGUAUAUAAAUUAGUUUUUA